AUGCCUUCCAGGAAGAAGAAGCCGCAGAGCAGUCGCAAGCGUGACAACGAUGCCGAUCAGGCCGAGCUUGAAGCUCUGCGCAAAAAGGUCGCCGAGGCCGAAGAGGCUCGCAUGCAAGCAGAGGCUCAAGCUAAGCCUUCAAGCCGACGCCAGCGCCAAUUAGUUCGCUGGGAUGUGGACACCGACAUCCGACUUCUGCUGGCCGUUCAAUAUGUCUGCAACAAACAAGGGGUGAAGAUUCCGUGGAAGGAAGUUGCAGAGACCAUGGGCCCGAAGUUCACAGAGGGUGCAGUGGUUCAACACUUGUCAAAGCUGCGAAUCAAGAGGGAAGAACAGGACAAGCCAAACCCACCCCCGCUUAAGCGUGCAGGAAAUAGUUCAUACAAGAAGGAUGCAAAUCAGAAUGAGUCGGUGCCUCCUCAAAAGGAAACCUCCAAGUCCCAACCCCGAAGCACAAAGCGUCGCCGUGGCACCUCUGAAUACUCUUCAGAUGAUGUUUACACACUCAAGAAGAAGUAUGCGGAGAGAAUGAAGCAGCAAAAGACCUCCGCUACCGCAAAGCGCCAAGCAAAGCGUGCGGGUACCAACACUGAUGGCACGACGAAUAUGUUGUGUGUUGAUGCACCAUGGCUGCAGGAUUUCCACGGCGGUAACCCUCGCGACGAUGAGGAAGAUUCGGAGCUUUCUGACAUUGAAUGGAAUGAGAACUCAACCGAGAGCAGUCAGGCAACAACUCAGGACUCAAAGAAGUCCAAGAUCGUGAAACUUAAGAUGGACGCCGAGCGAUUGGCAGACGUUGAUCGUCAGAUUGGCGCUGCAGCUUCCCGCGAUGGAAUUGUCCCCAUGGACAUGUCGUACGCUGGCACCAGCCUUCCACUUAAUCCCUCAUUGUUCUAUCCUUACAUGUACCCACCUCCACCCCCGGCAUUCUCUCCCGUGCCUUACGCCAACUAUCCCGGUACCAGCAACAGUGGGCUCGCCAUCCCAUAUCCAUCCAGCGGUCCUAGCCCAUUUGACUAUGUGAACCGGGCUCCGACGCCUCUGAGUGAUUCCACUUUUGAGGCAAAGCGCGAAGAAGUCUCUGGUGUAACUGAUGGAUACAAUCAGUUGGAUGCGUCGACAACUUAUCCGCACCUGAACAUGCCUGGGAUGUUCCAGGGCCACAUUGUCGGCCGAGACGUCCCCACGAGCUAUGGCGGCAAUAACGAGUUCAACCGCCUGUUCGCCCCAGAGAGCCACGAGCUGUUUGUGCCUGCUUCGGAUUUCGCUGGUCUUGAAGAUGUGGAGAGACCCCGUUACUUCGGAUAUGAUGGGGAAGAGACCAAAGAGUUUUGA